AUGGAUGACGUUUCCACCUCGGGCAAGUGGCCACAAGACCAUGUCGAUUCGAAGGGCGUGAUUGGCUCCAGAGAGAUGAAAGCAGCCUUUCUGUUCGGGUGUCUCUCUGCUUUGCCAAUUGCCUCUUCUACCUUCUCCCCACUAGCUUCCUCACCAAGAUCCAAGGGCAAGGGGGGUGUUCGUGCCGUCUCUGGUCAUUCAAAAAGAGUUUGGGAGUACGAAAGUAUUGACUUUGGAGUGAGGCUGGCCAACAGGGAACAUUGCUCCGAGCUAAUUGUCAUCGGGUUUCGAAAUCCCAUCGGAGCACUGCGCUUCUGUCGACUAAUUCGCCCUGCUCCCGCUUUCACUUUGCCUGACUUUUCAUCCUUCAGCUGCCACGGCCAAAACUUGCAAAUAUUUCUUUCGUCGACUCGUUACAGAUACAUCGUUGGGCGUCUAUUUAGUUGCAAAAACUCCAUCCAAGAUACUCAACUAGACAAGCUCCCGCCGGGUAUUGCCGAAGCUUCAUCUGUUUCCUGCCACACUACUCCGUACGGUUACAGGCUACAACAAUCCCAUCUCGAUCGAUCCAUAAAGAAGACGCCGGUUCCCACCCCUAUUAUACCCCUGCUAUUCGUACACGCUGUCAACGGUCUAGACGAAGACCAGUGCAUCUGGGCACCUCAGCUGACGACGGCUUGCAUUGAUCACCGCAUUGAAAGACAGGACCAACUUGCAUCGACGGAAACAUUGGUUUAA